AUGGUUUGGUAUGGUCUGCGAGAAAGGGAACGUGUGUGUGUGUGUGUGUGUGUGUGUCGUUACGAUGGAUUGAACCCCCCAUGUCCCAGAUUCGUGAACAGAAUCACUAUCAUGCCGAUGAAGGCUACGAGCUCGAAGACUGUCACUGCUAGGGUGGUUGCGGAUGGCAUGUUGGUGCGUGGUGUGGUGUUCACAGGCGUGUCGUGCUUGGUCGGUUGGUUGGUUCGUAUAAUAAAUCAAACUUGGUCCAAUUCAAAACGCGAACUGCUCGAGUCGAGUCCACUGUAG